AUGAAGCUGCUGGUGGACACCAAGGCCGAGCGCGUGCUGUACGCGGAGGCUGGCAAGGACGUCGUGGACUUCCUCUUCUCCUUCCUCGCCCUGCCCGUCGGCAUGGCUGUCAAGGUGCUCGGGAAGAAAUCCAUGGUCGGCUGCAUGGGCAACGUCUACGCCAGCGUCGAGGCCCUCGACGACACCUACGUGGAGGCCGGCGCGGCCAAGGACGCGCUCCUCCGCCCCACCGUGGCCUCGGCGGCGGUCGGCAUGAAAGGCUCUCUGUUCAGCUUGCCGGCGCCGCCAACGCCGGUCGAUCAGUCCCUCCCAAAGAAGUUCUUCAGGUACCACAGUAAUAACCGCUCACCCUCACCGUUUGGUUUUGGUGUCGUCGUCAGCUCUUCUUCGUGUGAGGGUGAGUACUUGACGGACACGUGCAAUUGGACAUGCCCGUCGUGCUCUGGCUAUAUGAACAAGGAGAUGAGUUUUCUCUCGGCGGCGGGGUCUCGGCAGUCGGUGCAAGCGGAAGCCACAGGCAACAAUAAGAACGGGCUCGUGCGGAGCCUCGUGACGUACACUGUGAUGGACGACCUCAAGGUUGCGCCCAUGUCCACCAUCUCCGGCAUCACCCUCCUCAACACCUUUGGCAUCCCCAACAUCAGCAUGCUCAUGGAGAAAACCGUGCAGAUUGGCUACGAGGAGGGCUUGGAGAUCCUGCGCCUGUCGUUGCAGUCGAAGACGGUGCUCACUGACGUCAUCUUGAGCAAGAAAGUACAGAAGGCUUGA